GCACAGUCGCCCGGCCGAGCGCGCGCGGACCUCGCGCUGCCUUUGUCCGCGAUGGCCCCGCAGCACGGCCGGCCCGCGCCGCCCGCCCGCCGCGAGCCGCCGGCGGCGCCCCCGGUUCCGCCUCGCCGGGAGCGCGGGGGGCGCGGGGCGCGCGGGCCCGGGGCGGCCGGGGGCCGGGGGCGCGCGGGCGGCACCGAGGGGCGCGGCGUCAAGUGCGUGCUGGUCGGCGACGGCGCGGUGGGCAAGACCAGCCUGGUGGUCAGCUACACCACCAACGGCUACCCCACGGAGUACAUCCCCACGGCCUUCGACAACUUCUCGGCUGUGGUGUCAGUGGACGGCCGGCCUGUGAGACUCCAGCUCUGUGACACGGCAGGACAGGACGAGUUUGACAAGCUGCGGCCGCUCUGCUACACCAACGCAGACAUCUUCCUGCUGUGCUUCAGCGUGGUCAGCCCCACCUCCUUCCAGAACGUCAGUGAGAAGUGGGUCCCCGAGAUUCGCUGUCACUGCCCGAAGGCCCCCAUCAUCCUGGUCGGGACACAGUCAGACCUCAGAGAAGACGUCAAAGUGCUCAUUGAACUGGACAAGUGCAAAGAGAAGCCAGUGCCCGAGGAGGCGGCCAGGCUGUGCGCAGAGGAGAUCAAAGCCGCCUCCUACAUCGAAUGCUCAGCUUUGACACAGAAGAACCUCAAGGAGGUGUUUGAUGCCGCCAUCGUCGCUGGCAUCCGGCACUCGGACUCCCAGCAACAGCCAAAGAAGUCUAAGAGCAGGACCCCAGAGAAGGUGCGGGACCUGUCCAAGUCCUGGUGGAGAAAGUACUGCUGCUUGGCCUGACCCUCUGGUGGCUCAGGGCACAACUCUCCCGGAUGGUUGGCCGUGGCCGGAGGACACGCCCUCCAAGCGCCCGCAUCUGCCCUCAGCAUCCCUGGGGUUGAGAUUCAUAUGCAAAAUACAUUAAAGAAUUUUGGGAGUUAAGAUUGGUUUUCCUCCUAACUCUGGGAACUCAGAGCUUUAGAACUCCAGGUUAAUUUAUAUUUCACAUGGAAAGGGCUCUUCUAAGCCGGGCGUCGGCUUGAAGUCCUGCUGCAUUGUACAGGACACAGGAGGGCAUGACCUUCUCCUGAUCAAGGGCUACUGAGUGUUCAGUGCACGGCACAGCAGACUCCGUGACAAUUAAGCUCCAGCUCGGAAACCACACAAACCAAACCUGUUUCUGUAAGAGAAAAAAAACGAAAACAAAAUCUGAAAAAAGCGACAGGCUUCUGUCUACGAAACCUCACACCUGUCCCUUUUGUCACUCAGACUCACUUGCUUAAGGUCCUAAAACAACCAAAACAUCCCACUGGCCACUGGCCCUGUGUUGACGGAAGAGAAUACUUGCCUUGUUUUAUUCUUUUUUGUUUUAAUCACGUGACCAGUUGUGUUGCUAUGAAAGUGCCGGGUACAGAUCUGCCGAGUUCUUCAGGGAGGGACUCCUGCUGAGAUCAGAUCACCCUCUUGGCUUUCAGGACUGGCCUGGGCGUUGGGUGGUCUGUGUCCUAUGACGGAAGCAAGAGGAAGUUCUUGUCCAGGGGCUGUAAGCUGCCAUGCUCACAGCACCUGGAGAUGCCAUAGUUGAUGGCUGUGUAAUGGACACACACACACACACACACACACACACACACAACAGCUGGUUUACUAAUGGAACUCUGAGACACACAAAAGCAUACACGUUUGAGCAGGUGUCUUCCUCUUCCUGACGUUUCUUUGAGCAGACAUCAUUUUGUAGAAUCUUAAUGUACACAUUUUUGAGACCACCUUAAAAGACGGGAUGAAAGUACUUUUGAACCCUAGUGCCUUCAGGGUCCUGUGACCAGGGAGGCACUGGAAGGGACCAGGCAUCUUACCCACCAGCAUCUUCUUGCUGGGGCCAUGCCUGUGGCCCUUGUCCUUUAAGGUGAGGGCCUUCCGACUGCUCUGAAACAGCCCUGUGUCAGGAAAGCUCACAGCAUUGUAGCUAUUUCCAAGAUGCCAUAGGGGCCAGACAACGAAUCACAGCUUCUAGUUUGCUGUGGGCAAGGCACCUCUCUGUGGCUACCUGGUAACAAAAGUUUAUUAUCUGUGAAUUUUUUUCUUAAUAUUUAAAACAAAAACCAACCUUAUGUUUUUCUAUAGAAAAAAAAAAAAAAACAAAACAGAAGUAAAAGAUCAGGCUGCGCUUCGGGUCAAAGGCUUUUUUUUUUUUCCUGCUGGUAAACAGGACUGGAAACUUUCUUUAACAAAAUGAAAAGGCUAAUUGCUGAACCACCAGAAUACAUGGCCUGUUUGUGCCUGGGCCCUCCCGGCAGCAAAGUGGUAUCAGAGGUGUUUCAUUGUGCCUCUGGUGGCAACACUGUUUCACUUGCAGACUGACCUUACCCCCCUGCUCAGCUUUCUAGAAAGCCAGCCUCCAAGCGGGCUUUGCCUGACGGUGUGUACAGAAUGGUUGGAGAAGGGCGAGUUAUUUAAUUUUAAGUGUUUUAAUAAAGCCAAGGAGAUGAGCAUUGAGAACACAAGCUUGAAGUUUUGUGCCAGGACUGUUGGGCCUCACACCCUGUGUCUGGGCGGCUGGGAAGUGGCUGGAGGGUGGCUGUGCGAUGGAGUUCUGGGCACUGCCUUCCAGGAUGCACACUCCCGGACCGUCUAUGCCGCAGAUCUAGCGGGUUUACUCGGACCUGCACAUUUUUGAUAUGUUGCCACAUCCUGUGGAGCCAUAAGGUCUGACUGUACUUGAGGCUUUCCUGCAUUUUUACUUUUUGGGAAGAAGAGAUUUGGGCUGAGAAAUCUGUAAAAGCAUGCGCCUGGGUGAAAUGUGAAGCUGGCCCUCUUCAAAGCUGAAAAGCAGUGGAAUGUCCAGCCUGGGGUGGGAGUGGGGGUUCUGUGGGCUGUGUGUGCAGCGAUGGCUCCUGGGCCUGACUCUGGGCUUACCUGAAGAACACUGUCGCAGGCUCCCAAACCGUCACCUCAUCACGUGUGCAAGCAAACUGUCGAUAACUUUGUUUUCUGUUCAGGAGGCAUGUGAGCAGCUACCCAGAAGUCUCCAGCCAAAAGGGGAGCCCGCUCCUCUGCAGGUGCCUUACCAACGUGUGCUUUUCCGUUUUCACAUGUCAAAGAUGUUGGACAGAGUCUUGUACUUGAAAAAUGCUAUAAACAAGUUGCUAUGAAAUAAAUUCUGACCUGUGGACAGAA